CGCCACGUGACAGAGAAGGGGUGGUGCGCGGGUCUAGGAAGGCCGCGGACGGGCCGUUUGGCGGCCGUUGGACCUAGGGGUGGGACGGCCCAUGAUGACGCCUUCCGGGGGAGCGCGGAUCGGGCGCUGAUUGGCUACGGGCGAUGCCGCUCCAGGCCGGCCCGCGAGGGGGAGGGGGCAUGGAGCUGCGCGCGGAGCUGACGGGGCGCGAUGGGCAGAGGCAGCCACUGCGGGUGCGCUGCGAGCCCGAGCCUGGCACCGGGGCAGGUGGAGAGCUCCGCGCGCUACGCCGGGGCCUGGCCCAGCUGCAGGAGCAGGUCUCGGCGCUGCUCGGGCCCCUGGUGCAGCAGGAGAGCGGCGCCGGCCCCCGCGGGGGCGCCCAGGGUGAUGUUGGGGAAGAGGAAGACGAUGAAGAUGAGGACCAGGAAGAAAACAGCAUUGACAAAACAUGUGCAGAUGAGCCACCCUUAAAACAGACAAAAAUUCAGCACUCCUGACUGUUGCCUUAAAGACUCCUUAGCAUUUUAGAAAAAGACCUAACAGUUGUAUCAAAUGUAUGCGUUUAACUGAACAGUCUUACUUCAGGGGAAAAAUGGACUAUUUUUGGAAGCCAGGUAUCCGCAUUUCUGUUCUAAAAUACAACCAAGCUGAAGAGAAAUACCUUUUUGUUUUUCUAGUAUUUAUUUUAAUAAAUAAUCUGACAAAAGAAAUAAGGGUGGCUUAUUUUGGGUUUUUUAAAUAUUUUUAUGUAGAUGAAAAUUACUAUUUUAAUGUUGGAGAGAAGAGAACAUGGAAUGUAAAUGUCAAGAGGAGCUUCUGGCAAAGACAUUGUACACAAACAGUUGUAUGUUUUGGAAACUUCCUGAGCAUAAAACAGUCUAGAGCUGUUAAAGGAACUACUCCCAAGCUCUGUAUUUAUUUGUAUCACUUUUAAAAUUGACAAAUUUAAAAAAAAAAAAAGACAGUUUAUGUACUUAAAAUGAUAGAAACAAUAAACUAACAAUUUCCUGUGAAGAAGUUGUUAGAGAGGUAUAUAAAAUAAUUUCAGGAUUC